CAGCUUUCCUUGAAGAGUUUGGCCUUUGAUGCGUUGAUUACACCAGACAAGGAAAGUGGCCUGAGUCGCCUGCAAUCAGUUUGCAUUGACGGGGACGUAAAAACGUUUACGGCGAUCCAGAAUAACAGUCCAAGCAAACUUGACAGUGUUAUAGCACUGAAUGUCAAAAUCAAAAGCAGCUCGUUGCACUUUCCCGGUAAGUCACUGUGGACGGUAUUAAUGCUGCACAAGUCCUCAAGACAUAAGCAGAUUUUCAAGCUUGUUGAAACAAUCUGUAGCGAGUUUCAUUCUCAGUCUCUGAUUCAUGUAACUGCAAGAGAAGGAAAGGUUCACCAUCUACGUAGGCUGCUGGAUUGCGGUGAGCAGCUUAAUACUGUGGAGAACGAUUGGUCAAGUGAAGGUCCGUUUCCUCUUAUGCUGGCUGCGAAAUGUAAUGACGAGGAGGUCUUUGAAUUUCUUAUUGAACAAGGUAGCUCUCCAGAAUGGAUUGACGAUCAACUACGUACCUCAAUCCAUUAUGCUGCUGAGGGUGGAAAAGUGAGAAAUCUUUUAAGAAUAAUCGAGUGUGGUGUCAAUGUUUUGCAAAAGGAUAUAAAAGGCUACUCAGCUUUACAUUUGGCUGCCUUAAAUGGUCAUACAGAUUGCGUCCGUCUGCUUAUUGAACAUGGUGCUGAUGUUAACGAAUUUACGCAUCCCUGUGGUAAUAAUGGCUUUUCACGGGAUUCUUUCACAGACGACUUUUCGCGGCCCUAUGAUAACCCUGGGUACACUCCUCUUAUGUUAGCAGCUGAAAAGGGACACCUGCAAACUGUUCAGGUUUUGUUACAGAAUGGAGGAGAAUUAAAUAGAGGAAACAAAAUGGCCUGGUUGCCAUUGCAUUCUGCUGUGUCAAGAAACCGUACGGAAGUUGUCAAGUUCCUACUUAAACUGGAUGGAAAUGUUCUGGCUUCGACGGUCCGCGGAACAACCGUACUUCACCUGGCAACAUGUUUAGAGUUGGUGAUGAUUCUUGUUGAACGUGGAGCCAACAUCCAGGCAACUGAUAUUUGCGGAAGAACGCCAUUACAUGUGGCUGCUGAAAUGGGAAAAGCCGACACAGUAAAUUAUCUUCUAGACCGUGGUGCUGAUAUUAACGCAAGAGACAAGGACGGUCUGCUGGCCCUGUACUGUGCUUUAAAGGGAGGUCAUGUUACCACGGCCAAGUUUCUAAUUGACAAAGGGAGCGAGCCCUUGCUUUCAAGUGACCCAAACCUAUUAGGGUUUUAUGAGGCUGACUUGUUGCAGUCCUCUGCAAGAGAAGGUUUAACAGCUACUGUAGAAUUUCUUCUAAGCAACGGUGUAUCUGCGGAUGUAAUUCAUAGCGAAAGUGCUUCACUGCUAACACCUCUGGAAGAGGCAGCAUCCGCGGGUCAUUGUGAUGUAGUGAGGUUGCUCCUACACCACGGAGCCAACAUUAAUGGGAAUGUUACCUCAAGAGAAGAACGUCUCCGAAAAAGGCAAAUGGAGUCAAAUUCGUGGGAAGAUAGACACUUCUGGGGGAAUAUAUGCCCUCUUUAUGCUGCCGUGCGUGCACGCCAAGGUGAAGUGGCGAAACUUCUAAUAGAAGCAGGGGCAAAUGUUUCACCCAUAAACAGUGGUACAUUUAGAGCUUUAAGCGAUCUUGCUGCCAAGUAUGGCCUAUUUGAUGUUCUGCAAUUACUUGAUAAACUCGAUGUCAUCGAAGAUUUCCGUUUGAAAAAUGGAGACACGAUUUUGACGUCGGCUGUUCGUCGUAUGGAUUUUGAGUUAGUGUCGCAUCUUCUUCGAAACGGUGUGAACGUCAAUACAAAGAAUGAAGAUGGAAAUUCGGCCCUUCAUCUCCUUUUUCGAAAACAAACAAGCAUGGAAAUGUUUAAGCUUAUUCUUUCUUUUGGUGCAGAUAUUAACGCUCUAAAUAAUAGGUUUGAAUCUCCACUACUUUGUGCGAUAGACUGCGAGGAGGAGAAAAUUAUUAGCUUACUACUUGAACUCGACUGUGCGGUAAACACUGAGGCCCCUCUAGGAGAAUCUCCACUUUCCCUUGCUGUCAUAAAAGGCCAACACAAACUUACUGAAGCGUUGCUUCAGUGCGAUGCAGAUGUAAAUCAAAAAUGUGGUAGAGAUGAACAUACAGCCUUACAUGCCGCUGUUCGUUGCUGCUUUCUCAACGGAAUCGCUCAGUUUUUGGUAGAACAUGGUGCUGAUUUGGAGGCUAAAGAUAGAUUAGGUGAGACGCCUCUUUUUAAAGCAGCCGAGUCGGACAAUGAAUUGGUUAAAUUCUUUUUGAAGUGUGGUAGCACUGCCAAUACAAAGAACAAAUUUGGUGAGACACCACUUAUGAAGGCCGUAGACCAUUCUAGAGCUUCGAACGUGAGAACUUUGUUGGAACAUGGAGCCUCAGUAAACGCCACCGACCAGCACGGAAUCUACCCUCUUCUUCAUCGUCUCCGUUCUUCCGAUGUGGAAAUCUGCGAGCUUCUUCUGGAAUAUGGCUCUGACGUAAAUAUCACUGAUGACAACGGAGAAACACCUUUACAUCAACUGGCAUGGGGCCCAGAUAUCGUGAAGAUGCUUCUUGAUCAAGGUGCGCGCGUAGGAGCUCUAGACAAAGAAAAUCGUACUCCUCUGCAUGCAGCCUGUUAUCAAGGUCAUCCUAGGUCUAUUGAGCUGCUGAUUCACCAUGGUGCUGAUAUUAACUCAACAGAUAAUCAUGGUUGGACGCCUCUUCACUUUGCGGCUGCUGGAGAAAACUACGAUGCCUUAGAGGUUUUGAUUGAGAACGGAAGUGAUGUCGCAGCUGUCGAUAAAACCGGCAGAACUGCUCUCCAUUUAGCAGGAAGGAAAGGCUGCCUUGCAUCGAUUGAACUGUUGUUAAGUCAUGGAAGCAACAUCAAUUCAAAAGAUUACAGGGGACAAACCCUUCUUGGUGCGACAUUCAAAUUGGAUUACUCAAGUGACUUUUAUUACAGGGACUUUGUAAAACACUAUCUUGAAAACGGAGGCGACAAGUUCGCAGUCGAUGACGAAACUGGUCGAACAAUUCUUCACUUUGCUGCAAGCCAUCAGUUUGUUUCUACCGUUGACGACUUGUUGGAACAUGGAUUGGAUCUCGAGGCAAGAGACAAGAACGGAGAAACUCCUUUACACAGGGCAGCAGCGUGCGGAGCCGAGGAAAUGAUACAACAUCUCGUGAAUAGAGGGGCUGACGUAUGCGCUGUUAACAAAAGGGGACAAACACCAUUGCAUGUUAGUUUAGUCCAUCACAGAAGCAAUUUUUUGCUAAAACUCAAACCAGACUUGCAAAAAGCAGACAUUUAUGGUAACACAUCCCUUCACCUUGCGAUAUACAGGCCGAGAACUUCGUCAAUGUUUAAUGAUCCGUCGACUUUUUCUAUAGACGAUGUACGUAUUCUCUUGAACGCUGGGGCCGAUAUUCGUUCCCGAGACAAUCAAGGAAACACCCCGCUUCAUAUAGCAGCAGCUGAGGUUAGGUGUGACAUUGCAGAGCUCCUCAUUAAAGAAGGCAGCGGUGUUAAUGCAAGAAACGUACAGGGUAGAACGUGCCUGCACAUGGCGAGUUGUUCUGGUGCGCAAGAUAUUGUCCAGAUGCUGGUCGCUCAUGGAGCAGAAGUGAAUGUUGAAGAUGAACAGGGAUGCACACCCCUUCACAAUGCAUUGUCUUUCCAUUAUUAUUGGCUUGUGGAGCCUUUUUUAAAACACGGCAGUAAUCCCAACGCAGUGGAUUAUAAAGGCUCCACUCCUCUCCACGCGGGUUGCAGCUAUAAUGAUGGCUAUGACUUCCUCUGCCUGAAUCCAGCUGAUAUUCAGCCGUCGUGGUAUUCCGCUUUCCAGGAUGAGUGGGUCUCAAUCAUGAUCAGCCACGGAAGGUAAAACAAACAGCUAAUUUAGUCCUACAUAAACUUUGCUUGAUGCAAAGCUUUAUAUCUUAACGGUGGAUGACUGUUUUAAAAACUUGUUUCAGUUGCGGAAGAGGUAGUACAAUGAUAAAAAGCUUCUCCUCGCCUAUCAAGACCACUGUGACUGUCCAAAGUUCAACGUUUUGAUCACAAAUUAUGAUCAGCUACGCAAUAUAUCAUCGCAGACGUGCUCCUGUGGGUUUACCAGCGUGAUAACCUACUUGGGAUGUUGGGAGAACAUUCGAGAAGCUUGUAAAUCUCGAGCCGAAGGCGAAUGAUUUACAAGCUUUUCCCGUCUUCUCCCAGCAUCCCAAGUAGGUUAUCACGCGGUAAACCCAUACAAAGUGUGGUCUGUUGCUUAAAUAUCCUUCCACUGACCCACUGCCGAUGAGAAACACCAGUCGUUGGCGCCAUAUUUAUAUUAUAGUGAUCAUCAUCAUAAAUAUAACAAAAGAAUGUGGAAAUCUCCCAUCUCACCCAGAAAGUUUCCAUAAAAUUCGAAAACAAGAAAAUACUAUAUUGUUUGCGUAAAAGCGCUAAAAGUGCAUAAACAUUAAAAACUGCUUGAUCUAGCGGACGAAAUUUUACAUGGCACGGCGGUUAUUAUAGAACUAGGGAAACGUUUUCCGUUGCUUAUAUAUUCUCUGUCUUUCUAUUCCGGAGGAAAGACUAUUCCUGGGUGAAUUAUCCUCGAUCAGCGCAUUUCUGUUCCAAAAUAAAGUCAAUCGAAUGCACCAUCAAUGUUAAUUGUUGUCCACUUCUUCUUCUUUUUUUAAUAUUUAUACCACUACAUGGAAACUUUCUGCAAUUUGAUUGGCUUAGAGCAGUGGUAUUUCAGCUUAAUAUGAAAUACCUACAUGUAAAAAUUACAAACCUUUCGCGGGUAAUAGUAUAACAAAUAAUGGCAUGAUUUGUACGUGAUAUUUGGUAUAAAUACCACUCGUGAUAUUUCAAAAUUGUCUCAAAUUUCACUCGGCUCGUGAAAUUACGUAUAACAAUUUCGAGAUAUCACUACAAAUCAUGCCUAUUACCUAUACUAAUUACUGCUUCUUUACAUUUUAUUUACAUGAGAGUUUUGUCUUUAGUAAUCUUGAGGCUAGAGACGAUAAAGGAUGUACACCUCUUCACAUCUGCGCUGUUUUUGAUCGAACGAAAAUUGCUCGAGUUCUUCUCAGACAUGGAGCUGAUGCCAACGCAAGAGACAAUGAAGGAAGCACUCCUUUGCAUCUUGCUUCUGCCUUUUGUGAUGAGUUGGUUUCAAAAGAAUCCAAUUGCAACAUGGUUUCGCUGCUUCUAGAAUAUAAAGCAAACAUUAGCUUAAGAGACUCGGAAGGUAGUAUCCCUCUCCAUACAGCUGCGGCUUUUGGUAGGAAGCACAUAGUGGGAAGGCUGAUUCUUGAAGGCAGUGAUGUAAAUGCGGUUGAUAGCAAUGGAGACACACCACUGCACGUGUCUGCAGGUUCAGGGCACCUGAAAGUUGUCCGCCUGUUGGUGGAUAAUGGAGCCGAUUUAUUUGCUGUUGAUAAGGAAGGCCUUACAGCAGCGGCAUGUGCUGAGAAGUUUGGUCAUAAGGAAACGAAGCAGUUUCUUGAAGAGAGUCGCUACCGGUGCUCGUAA